UCUCAAACUCCUCCCAAGAGUGGUUUUCUCCUCUAUUCCAAUUUUGAAACCAAGCAUCUGCCCUAUCGACCAAAAACAAACUAGCAAUUCCAAUUCUCUGAUCCAUAGGUACUUUGUAAACCUCAAAAUAUUUCACACAUUUCCGUAGCCAAACCCUAGGUUCCUUUCCCCCAAAAGUAACCAAUUCAAUUUUAGGCAAGAAAGGAUUCAUACCUUCAUUGUUAUAGCUAUUUCCAUAACUUCCUUGAUCCUUCAACUGCUGAUUAACAGGAGGAGUGGGUAACAGUCCCCUGUUCUCGGCUUCUUUAAUACCAGAUCCAGUACCAACUUCCCCAACAACAUCUCCUAUUCCAUUAUCCUUGCUCAAUUUGCUCAUAAAGGCUCUCAUAUCCCCUCGCAAUGCAUCAUUAUUCCUAGCUGACUGAUUAAUUUGCUCCUGCAUUUUCUCCAUCUGAUCUAAGAAACUUCUCAUCUUCUCCUCCAAUUCUGCCAACUUAACCAUCUCAGGACCCACUACAAUAGAUCUAGUCAUUGUUGCGAUCUACGGCAGUGAAUUACCCACUCAAUUUCCCCAUGGCAAGGCUCUGAUACCAAAUGUUAGGAUUGAAACCCUAACAGAGAAGAAUUAGAAGAAUUUAGGAAGGAGGAAGAAGGAGUAGGGAGAGAGUAAUAGAAUCAGAAGAGAGAGAGAAUUGUUAUUUCUUGAGAAAGCAUCAGAAUGCCCUUACAAUGAACUACAAUAGAGUUUAUAACUACUUGACAGCUAUUUGACAACCAUUCUCCCGCCAAUUACAACUCAUACAACUAGCUACUUGACAACUAUUCUCCCUCCACUUACAACUCAUAUAACUAACCCUUAUUCUGCCUCAGUCUUCUUCUCUGAUAUGUAACAGAAUUCUGAUGAAGAAACUGAAAAUGAUUCAGUGAUGAUGGAAGGCAAAAACUUAACAAGAGAACAGAUAGAGGAUGACAUUAAAAAAAUUAAAUCAGCACAUCCUGAAGAUGAGGAAUUUCCAGAUGAAGUGGAAACUCCAUUGGAUAUUCCUGCUAGAAAGCAUUUCGCAAGUAUAGAGGUCUCAAGUCCUUUAGGACUUCUUCAUGGGACCCCAAAGAGUCUCUACCUCCAGAAUAUGCCAGAAUUUUUGCAUUUGAUAAUUUUGCAAGAACACAAAAACUUGUUUUUGCGAAGGCCUUAGAAAUGGACCAAGACAACAGGGAUGACCGAAUACCCACAGGCCAGUAUGCAAGGCUUCACAUCAAGGAGAUACCUUCUGCUGUUGCUACCAAAUUAUGUGUAUUUGCUAAGACAGUGCCUAUAAUUUCAUGUGGCCUUUUGCAGCAAGAGUCUAAGAUGUCUGUUCUUCAUUUUAGCAUUAAAAAGCAUGACACAUAUGAUGCCCCUAUCAAAGCCAAAGAAGAACUUGUAUUUCUUAUUGGUUUCCGGCAAUUUGUUGCGAGGCCAAUAUUUUCCACUGACAACAGUAAUUCAGACAAGCACAAGAUGGAGAGAUUCCUUCAUGCAGGGCGGUUCUCCAUGGCAUCAGUUUAUGCUCCAAUUUGUUUUCCACCUCUUCCUUUGAUAGUCCUAAAGCAUGGAGAAGGAGGUGCUGUCCCCACAGUUGCUGCUGUUGGUUCCUUGAGAAGUAUUGACCCAGACAGGAUAAUACUGAAGAAGAUUAUAUUAACUGGUUACCCCCAACGAGUGUCAAAAUUGAAAGCCUCUGUGCGAUAUAUGUUCCAUAAGCCAGAGGAUGUAAGAUGGUUCAAGCCUGUGGAAAUGUGGACAAAAUGUGGUCGCCGUGGUCGCAUUAAGGAACCUGUUGGGACAAAUGGGGCAAUGAAGUGCGUCUUUAAUGGAGUCCUUCAGCAGCAUGAUACUGUUUGCAUGAGCCUAUACAAACGUGCAUAUGCCAAGUGGCCAGAACAUCGGUUCCCAAUUAUUGAUGCUUGAUCAGACAGUAGCUGAUCUUCAUCUUAUAUUGAUUCUGAAACCCAAUAACUGCGGUGGUUGUUUGUGGGAAUGAAGCUCUAGUUCAGAUAGUCGAUUCAAGUUUCAAUGUUUACUAGGAAGUCAGAAACAUUAGAGUUCUGUGUAUUAUUUGUACCUUCCUCAUUGUAGUUCUGCCAUUGCAACCACCCCCACUCUCUCUCUCU